GUCAUUUUUUUUGGGACACUCGAAACUCUCAGUUUCAAAAAAUGAACUUGAUGUUUAUCCAUUGCACCUUCUCACUCUCUUUCCAGAGGCCUGAAAUGCAGAUGCCUCUUAUCCCCCAAUUCUUCUUCUCCUUCCUCCUGAUACUCAUACUCGAUGAAAGUUCGGCAGCACGAAGCCAGCCCUGCUCAGCUCCGCCCUUUUCCUAUCCUUGCCCGCCCUUCGAUUCCGAUCCUCCGCCUUUCCCUUUCGCGGCGGUGAGCGGAUGCGGCCACCCGGGGUUCCGCAUCCACUGCGACUCCCCUCAUUCCCUCAUCUCCAUAGACAACUUCAUCUUCCAACUCUUCCGAGUCAGCCCUUCCUCUCUCCAGAUCGCCUUUCCCCACUCCCUCCCUGCCCGCCCUUUCAACCUCUCCGCCCCAUUCGGCCCCUCCCCCUCUUCCUGCGCUCGCCUCAGUCGUGUCCCUGGCGUUGGAGUCACGAACGAGAGCCUCAGCCGAUGGCAGCGGCGCCUCCUCCUCCACCCCCUCCUCCUCCUGCCUGCAUGUAAACCCCCCUUCUCCCAGUCUCACCACAAUGAUAGUACUCCUGUGGAUCUCCAUGAGUACUUGAGAUCGGGCGCAAUGGAGGUUGUGUGGGAUGAGGAGGAUGCCUAUUUCGGGGGCUGCCAGGUGUGCCGGCUCGCUCAUGGUCUCUGUGGCUUCAAUGAGACCGAUCCUCGCAAACCUUUCCUCUGUUACCCUAGUGCAUCUGCUGAGUUAUCUCAGCGCGGGGCUUACCACAAGAUCCUUGUAGGAAUCUGUGUUGUGGCAGUGGCCUUGAGCAUUGUGGGGCUGCUGGUGCUGCUUGUUGCUGUGAUUUUGAGGUACAAGCGGCGGGGAAUGGUGGUGGAACAGGACGACCUGAGCAAGGUUUUCCACAAAGACGCCUUGCUGCUCCACCACAUGAGUAAGCCUCUCCAUCUCGACCAACAACCACACUCUUUUGCCUACGAGGAGCUCGCAAUCUCGACCAACCACUUCGACCCCAAGCGCAAGCUCGGUGAUGGUGGGUUCGGUUCGGUGUAUCUCGGCCAGCUACCCGACGGUCAGCUCGUGGCGGUCAAGAAGCUGCACAGGCACACCGCAGGCAAGGCUAAAUCCUUCCGGAACGAGAUCCUAGUCCUCUCCGGCUUAAGCCAUCCCCACCUGGUCAAGCUUCAUGGCUUUUGCUGCGAUUCAAGAGGCCUGCUGCUUGUGUACGAGUAUGUCCCCAAUGGGACGCUUGCCGACCAUCUCCAUUGCCGCAGGCACAAGCGGCUGGGGUGGAGCACGCGCCUCUGCAUGGCAUUGCAGACUGCCGAGGCCAUUGCAUACCUACACACCGCCGUGAGUCCGCCCAUCGUGCACAGAGACGUAACUGCGGCCAACAUUUUCGUGGAGAAGGGGCUGAGCAUUAAGGUAGGCGACUUCGGCCUGUGCAGACUGCUUUUGGAUGGGGGUGGCGGCGGCGGCGGCAGCGGAGGCGGGGUGUGGACCGGGCCGCAGGGUACACCAGGGUAUUUAGAUCCGGACUACCACCGCUCCUAUUGUCUGACAGAGAAGAGUGAUGUGUACAGCUUCGGUGUGGUUUUGCUCGAGCUUAUAUCAGGGAAGAGAGCGGUGGACAUGAGCAGGGACAAGAGGGAGGUGGGGCUGGCGGAUAUGGCAGUGGCCAAGAUACAGGUUGGGGCGCUGCACGAGGUGGUUGACCCGGAGGUGCAAGGGGCUAUGGCCGCAGUGAGCAGCGUGGCGGAGCUGGCAUUCCGAUGCGUUGCGGCCGAUAAGGACGACAGGCCUGAUAUGAGGGAGGUGGUGGCGGAGCUUACCAGAAUUAGUAGGGAUUGCACCUGAGAGCAAUGCCAAUGCACACAAACAACUGCAACCAUUUUCCAUUGCAUAUUGGGGCAACGAGGGUAAUGGUGGCAAUGGGCCCAACUAGACCAGGGACCCGACGGGUUACCUGAACUCAGGUACGGCCAUACCCAACCUGUACCUGUGCCAUAUUGGCAAUUAUGCGUGGUUCGGUGCUCAUGUUCAUAUUGCCACAAGGCAACAUUUACAGUAUUAUCGGCCAAAAAAGGAAAAAGAAAAAAAAACAUGGUAAUAAGGUAUAUGAUGGUUAAAAAAAAAAAAGAAACAAAAAAAGAAAAAAAAAGAGCAAAAACCGACUGGUCUGGGUACGGAUCCAAAAUUUAGACCAAAUACCAUUUGGGUCCGGGUUUGAGUGCAGCCGUACCCGGCCCAUUGCCACCGGGCCAUUAACUCUUUCUUUUCAUAAUUGGGCUUGGACAUGACUUCUUAGUAGUUGUCGUUAGCAGUGCUACAUACUAAGUUCAAUUCUUAGUGCUAAUCAUCCAAAAAAGUUUACACAAAAACUGACCGGUUCUUUUGUAGCCCCGAAGCCCGUUAUUUUUAAUUUAAAAAUCAAUUGUAUUUUUUUUUUAUUUAUGAAUAUUACAUUGUCCACCAUUUUUAAUCCCAUUUUAGAUCAAUUUUAGUAAUAAUGGAUUUACUUUAGCCCCAUUUCAGAUCUAAAAGUAGUUCUUUAUCGAAUUUCAGUUUCGGUGAGAUAUUUUUCAAUGAAAUAUCGUCAGUUUCAUCUUAAAA